AUGAAGGAGGAUGGUAUUCGAGCUAGCAGUGAGGGUAAAGAGCCCGAGCAUUCCCCGCCGGGGGUCGUGCUGGUGCCUCGACCCAGUUCCCAUCCCCAGGACCCGCUCAAUUGGCCAUAUCGUCGGAAACAACUUAUUCUGGCUACUCUGUGCCUGGCCUCUUUUUCGGGGGCUAUCGCUCCCCUAUCUGGCCAGCUGAACCUGGCCCAACAGGCCAAGAUCUAUGGCAAAACAAGGGUCCAAGAGUCCUAUGCUAACUCCGCCGCAUUGGCGGGCAUGGCCUUCGGGCCCUUCUUCUUUGCCCCUGUCGCCCAUCGACUGGGUCGCAGCUCCGUUAUCUUCUGGUGCAUUCUGUGUGCCCUCGUCUGUCAGAUCUGGGCGGCCGUCAUGACCCGUUCGGAUGAUUAUAUCCCCUACAUCAUCUCGCGACUUUUUGCUGGCUUUUUCGGCGCCGUUCCCACCGUUCUUGGCCCGCGUGUCAUCACCGACCUGCUGUUUCUGCAUCAGCGCGGUCGCGCCUUCAUGGCCCUGCAUAUGGCCUUCCUGUUUGGCACCAUCGCCGGCCCGACCUUCUCGGCCUUCAUCUCGGCUAAUGCUUUCUUCCCUGUCGAGUUCUGGUGGACUGUUGGCUUAUUGGGUGCCACAGCCAUCCUCAUAUUCCUCUUCCUCGAGGAGACAGGAUAUGACCGUGAGAACCCUGAUCGGAACCCUGCCAUCCCGACCAACUGGUUGGCCAACCGCUGGGCGACCUUCUUUUUCGGCCAGCGUUUGGUGCAGCCCACCACCUGGUCCGUUACCAUGAAAAUUGCCGUGGCGCCCAUUCUGAUCGGUAUUUGUCCGGUCACAGUCAUCAUGGGUACCUUCACUCUCAUUUCCUUCGGCUUCUACGUCGGCAUGAAUGCACUGGUGCCUGUGUGGCUGCAGCGUACGCCAGAGGAAGGUGGUUACGGCUUCUCCUUGAAGCAGAACGCCGCUUUCACCUUCUGCCACUGGAUCGGCAUCCUCGUCGUCCAGAUUGUGGGCCACUACUACAAUGACCGACUACCCCUGGCGUUGGCCCGACGCUUCAACCACGGCGCCUGGAAGCCUGAGUACCGCCUGCAGGUGCUCUGGAUUCCCAGUCUCAUCCUUAACCCCAUAGGUCUCGGCCUGUUCGGCGCCACUCUGCAGUAUCACCUGCAUUACAUGGUACUGGCACUGGCGGUGUUCAUCGUGACGAUCGGCUCGCUGGCCAGUGUGCCAGUGACAGUCAACUACGUCGUCGAAUGUUUCACGCGCUACCCGGCUGAAGCGGGUAUUGUGAUUGGCGCCUACCGCAUUGUCUACGGUCUGACCAUCAGCUUCUACAUUGACCCGUGGGUGGCUGCCGUUGAUGUCGGUUGGGUGUAUGGCAUGAUGGCUUUCUUUGCCAUCUUCUCAUUCUUGUUCGUUAUGCUGCUGAUGUGGAAGGGACAUGCCAUCCGCGAAUGGCAGCUGGCUAGCGUGGCCAGCAGUGAGGAAGGCGUGCAGGUCGAGGAUGGGAUCAGUGAGAAAGGGACGGUGGAACACGAUGGAGAGAAGAUGAAGGUUUGA